AUGGCCACAAGCCCCACAGCUGCAGCGGCCGUGCCCGUCGUCGUGGAACUCCAUGCUAAAUCGAUGGAGGAGCUGUUGAGACUGCAAAGUGAAGCGGUGAAGCAGGUGCUGACCAUCAAUCAGGCCAUUGCCCGCAAGAGCCGCUCCCGCACCCCGGGCUACGCCCCCGGCAGCGCCGCGCGGGCCCUGCGUGGCCCCAUGGCCGCGGUGACGGCCGCAACGCAGGACGACAUCCGUAACGAAAAGGCCGCUUUGAAGGACAGGGGGAGUCACCAGUAG